UUGGAGGGGUUGCGGGCGUUCAGGUUAAGCCCUCCCUCUUGCUCCUCUCUCUCUCUCACACACACAUAUGCACACAGACACAGUUCCCUUCCUAAACUUGUCACUCACACCCCAGCAAAGUCUUUAAAAGUCUUUUCUGGACUUCAGCGCUUCACAGCAAGGAAGCUGCUGGCUUCAGAAGCAACAGAAGUGAAGUCCUGCUGAUGUUUAUGGAGCAUUUCCCUGGACCUCCUCAGCCAACAAACCCAUGACAGAGCAAAAGGAAAAAGCUGGAGAGUUUUCUUUUCACCGGAAAGGACCUGAUUCUUUUGGAGUUGGUUGGACUGCUGCACAAAAUCAACAGGAAUUUAUUUGGCGAGCAUCUUAUGAUAGAAAAGUUUUGUGCUACUAGAUGGAUCCACCUGCCGCUGGGAGCUGUAUGAGAAGCUCUCACCCUACAGCCACCCUCUGGGGAUGCUUGAGGAACCCCCAUGCUGAGGUUGGGGGGACAGCAGGCCUUCACCAUUACUCACAACCCCCCUUUUCAUUCCACCACAAACCAGACUUGGGGGGUUAUACGGACUUUUCCACCUCUUGCCUGGCUGCGGCCCCUCAAAGCCAUCCCCGGGAUGAGCGGGCUUUUGUGGAUCAGCAUCAUCUCUCCUUCCAGAACCCUGCAUGGCAUUUUACGGCUCUAGAGGGGCGAAGGCGGCUUCCUACUGAAUUGGCUCAAGGGACAGGAGAACCUGAAAGUGGCAGCCCCAAUGUGGUGGAUACAGCCAUAAGCACGGAUGAAGACUACAUCUUAGCAGGGAAUGCAGUGAGGGAAAUGGAGAAGAAACUAUCCCGGAGGAAAAAGGGGAAUGCAGAGAACCAGGAAACAGAUGGAGGUGGCAACAGCUCUGCUUCCACUACCACAAAAGCAGAAGCCAAUAGCUCCAAAGCACGGAAGGAGCGCACUGCCUUCACAAAGGACCAGUUGCGGGAAUUGGAGGCCGAAUUUGCACACCACAAUUAUCUGACUAGGCUCCGAAGAUAUGAGAUUGCCGUGAAUCUGGACUUGACAGAAAGACAGGUCAAAGUAUGGUUUCAGAACCGCAGGAUGAAAUGGAAACGUGUCAAAGGUGGACAGCCGGUGUCACCUCAGGACCACAACAUGGAGGACAUGGACUCUGCUGCUUCCCCCAGCUCAGAAUAGUCCCUUCUGAAGUGACUCUGAAGAUUGGGAUCAACCACUUGGUGUAUCAGUGUUGUUUCAGAUCGUAUUAUCUCCUUCUAAGACUGUCAUGUGACUUUGACCAAGGAAAGAGGGAAGUGGAGUUGUAAAAUACCUGCUUUGCUUUCCCGGGUUGUUUGGAUCACUCUCUCAAUUUAGGAUUUGGUUACAUUUGCAAGCAACUCAUAGGGAAACAGAGCUAAAUUGCAUUGAAGUGGGUUUCCAACAUUUCUAUGAUAACGACACACCAUUUUUACAGUAGAGAAAUCCUCAUAGAGAGUGUCAUCAUUUUCUAUGUCUUUCAUUUCCCAGUUCAUGUAAAGAAACAAAAGUAAUACUGAAAGACAGAAAACAAACUGGGCAUGAUAUUGAUUGGUUAGUCACCUGUGAUGCCACCACAAUGUACCUUUACAGUUAAUAUUUAGAGCAGUUCUGUCCUUAAGAACUAAAUCUUCCUUUACAGCAACAACAAAAAGUAGGGUAUGUGUGAAUAAAAUGGGCAACUCAGUGCCUUAAAAUGAAGAGUAGGGAAACGUUCAACCCUUUUCAUCUGAAAGUCCUAUUCAGCUAUGGAAACCCAUUGGGUGACCUUGUGCAAGUCACACUCAGCCUGAGAGGAAGGCAAUGGCAAGGUAAAUCCCUUCUGAACAAUUUCUGCCAAGAAAAACCCAUGAUAGGUUUGCCUUAGGGUUGGCAUAAAUCAGUAAUGGUUCAAGGACACGCAACAGCAAUGUGGCAGAAGCCUGCAAAGCUACCUUCAGUCAGUAAGAGGAAGACCUACAAAAUUAGCACUUACAUUAGCAGUCAAUACAUUUUGAGUCUAGUGAGGAGUGAGAAGGAGAGAGGUAAAAGGUGCCUAAGUCAAUCUCUCCCUUUCAGGAAUGUGCCAUCGAUGCAGACAAGCCUAGGAUUCAAGUAGCCAUGGUUUCACUUGGGAUGAUCACCAUGUGCCCAGGUGCCACUUCUGUGUAAUGUUCUUUGAAGGCUUUGAUGUAUCAAGCUAAUGAUCAUUCUAAACUAUGCAAAUCCUUUCAAAUCCUUUCAUGAGUAAUAAAUAAUAGAAUUGUCACUCUUUAACAAGAGAGAACAUAUAAAGUCUGGACUCCUGAAUAUGACAGGAUUCACCAGCAUUCAGCCUAUGAUUAAUGGGUGAUUAGUUGGUUUGAAAUGUGUGUUGUAGUCUGACUUGAUGUUUCUUAUAAAACAAUUUUAAAUCUCAAGAGUUUCCUUAGAAAGGAUACAAAAUGGCCACGUUGUGAAAUAGUUCUGCAGACUUCUGAGCCUUAGCAUUUUGAUUCUUCUUCUGUUUGGUGGUCCAACCCUUUUUCUUUUACGUAGCAAUGAUGUCUACAUACAGUCACCGGAAUGAUAUUGUACUAAUAAAUUAUAAAGGCCCUCCCUGCGGCAUGCUUGUGGACUGCCUUUGAUUGAUA